GGACCCGCAGCCCGGAGCUCCAGUGUGGGGAGAGUCAUGGAGGUGAACAGAGCAGAAAGUUGUGAGGAGGAAAGUUAGGGAGUUCUUCCAAAGGCCAAAAACAUAUAUCUGAAUUCCCCUGUGAAUCAAUAAGCGGGCCCCGGGGGUCUUUUUAACGACGUAUUUGAGUUUAUAAGGCUACGGGCGUCUCUAUUGGCUGCUCUUAUCUGCACUUUUUGAGAAUGUGCGGGUCGGUUAGCAUUAGCUAGGCUGCUAGCAGCGUGGAGACAGAAGCGACAGGAGGCAAACAAAAGGGUUCCGUGGGUUUUUUUGCUCCCUGCCUCCUCUCUCCAUUCGGCCACCUACCCGCCGACACUCGGUCCAUGUAGAGCGGUGCUUUAUCAACACCAUGCCCGUGAUACUUUUCCUGAUAGACACGUCUGCCUCUAUGAACCAGCGCUCCCAUCUGGGCACUACCUAUCUGGAUAUAGCUAAAGGUGCCGUAGAGACUUUCCUGAAGCUGAGGAGCAGAGACCCGGCGAGCAGAGGAGACCGAUACAUGCUGGUUUCUUUCGAGGAGGCUGUGGCUGGAAUAAAGGCUGGGUGGAAAGACAGCCAUGCCACGUUUAUGACCGAGUUAAGGAACCUGCAGGCCAUCGGACUCACUCCAUUCGGUCAGGCUUUAAGGACAAGUUUUGAUUUGCUCAACCUCAACCGAUUAGUUUCAGGGAUAGACAACUAUGGACAGGGUAGGAACCCUUUCUUUUUGGAGCCUGCUAUCAUUGUGGCAAUUACUGAUGGCAGCAAGUUGACCAGUACAUGCGGGGUGCAGGAUGAGCUCCAUUUGCCCUUGACAACACCAUUACCGGGCAGUGAGCUCACCAAGGAGCCGUUCCGCUGGGACCAACGACUUUUUUCAUUGGUCCUCCGCAUUCCAGGUCACGCCUCUCUGGAACCGGAACCACUGGGCGGAGUCCCGCCUGACUCCUCCCCUGUCACGCCCAUGUGUGAGGUUACUGGAGGUCGUUCGUACAGUGUGUUUUCCCAGCGCACACUCAAUCAGUGUCUAGAGUCUCUGGUGCAGAAGAUUCAGAGUGGAGUAGUUAUCAACUUUGAGAAGACUGGACCAGAUCCAAUUGAAGAUGGUCCAGUGGAUCUAAAGUGUGGCCCUCAACCGUGGCACAGCUGUCAUAAGCUAAUCUAUGUCCGACCAAAUCCUAAAACUGGUGUUCCUGUUGGCCACUGGCCCAUUCCAGAGUCUUUCUGGCCUGACCAGAACUCUCCUACUCUGCCUCCACGUAUGGCCCAUCCUCAAGUUCGGUUCUCCUGUGUGGAAGCAGAACCCAUGGUGGUGGAUAAGGUUCCAUUUGAUAAAUAUGAACUAGAGCCUUCGCCCCUUACACAAUACAUUCUGGAGAGGAAGUCUCCACACACCUGCUGGCAGGUGUUUGUGAGUAAUAGUGCUAAAUAUGGUGACCUGGGUCAGCCCUUCGGAUACCUGAAGGCGAGCACUGCUCUCAACUGCGUCAACCUGUUCGUUAUGCCCUAUAACUACCCUGUGGUUCUGCCCCUGCUUGAUGACUUGAUUAGAGUGCACAAAUUCAAGCCCACAGUGAAAUGGCGCCAGUCCUUUGAGACCUACUUGAAGACCAUGCCCCCGUACUACAUCACACCCCUGAGGAAGGCGCUGCGGAUGAUGGGGGCACCGAAUCUGCUGGCGGACAGUAUGGAGUACGGCCUGAGCUACAGCGUUGUGUCCUACCUCAAAAAACUCAGCCAGCAGGCGAAGGUGGAGGCAGAUCGAGUGUGUGCGCUGGUUGGGAAGAAGGUGGGGCCGGACCCCGGGAUUAAGCUUCGCUCCAGAGGCUCCGCCCUCUCGCUGGCGCACAGGAAAGACUUCGCAGAGCUGCUGCAGAGCAUCGUCGGGGACGGGCCGGCUCUCCCCCUCGAGUCAAACCCUAAAGAGUUCUCCGGGUUCCAGCUUGCUGUUCUCAACAAGGCCUUGAAACCGCAGGGAUUACGAAACCCGUAUGACAUACCGAGAGAGCACUUGUUGGACCAGCUGAGCCGUAUGAGGCGGAACCUUCUGAAUGCCAGUGUGUGUAUCUUGAGGGGUCAGGAUCAAGAUCAGAUUCACAGUGUACCUAUAGCACAGAUGGGGAACUAUCAGGAUUUCCUAAAACAGUGUCCUGCUCCCCUGCGAGAGGCAGACCCAGAUCAGCCCAAGCGCUUACACACCUUCGGAAACCCCUUCAAACUGGAUAAGAAGGCAAUGGUGGUUGAUGAAGCAGAUGAGUUUGUGACGGGCACUCAGGGGAAAGGAAAGCGUCCCGGUGAGCCCAGUUCUCCUGCUGGAGGCGGAGCUCCCAAACGCAGGAGGUGCAUGUCUCCCCUUCUGCGUCCUGGACGAGCGUAUACACCGCCAAAUAAAACGCCCCCUAGAGUUCCAGAGAACAAUCAUUCUGCAGUUGGGAAUCAUGUUGGUCAGAUUGAGCCGGACAAAAGCGCAGAUCUGGAUCCCUCUCCUGAGUCGGCGCCGAUCUCCCCUGACCUGCAGCAAAACCACCUGCAGGGAGAUGAAGAGGAGGAUAAGCAGGAGGAGGAGGUGCAGGAGAACGGGCAGGCCACUGAGGAGGAGGCGUCUGUAGACGGAGAGGAAGAGGAGGGAGUCACCCGCCGCUACCCUUCCCCUAACCAGCUGAAGAAGUUAAGAAAAGAGGAAGGAAAAGAGCUGAACACGGAGCUCCGCGUCCUCAUCACCAAGGAGAUCAGGAAACCCGGCAGACGUUACGAGAAAAUCUUUUACCUGCUGAAGCAAAUCCAGGGGAGUCUAGAAACUCGGCUCAUCUUCUUACAGAACAUCAUUAAAGAGGCGGCCAGGUUCAAAAAGCGAGUUCUGAUCGAGCAGCUGGAGAACUUUCUAGAAGAGAUUCACUUAAGAGCGAACAACAUGAAUCACCUGGAUGGAUUGUGACCACAGUGCUCUGGACACGGGACGUGGGGACAUGCUGUCAGUGUGUGUUGUGUCUCAAUACUAAAGUGGACUGUGGACAACGGCAAAGGGAGUACAUGCACUGCAUUAGUCAACCUCAGGGCAAGGGCAAAGUGGAAUAUUAUUCCAGACCUUUCACUCCCCCCCUCUCUCCUCUCUUCCAUUUGUUUGUCUUUUUUGUCCCUCUGUUGUCUUCCUUACCCUGCUCUCUCCUAAGCCAAAGAUAAAUAGAUUUUCUUUUUGUUUUAUCACCAGUUCAAAGUCCUGUUCUUUAUUUCAUCUGAAGUUGGACUCUAAAGCCGUCACUGCCUGAUCGCAAUCGCCAAUCUAAUCUCCAUGGAAGAGUUUAAAAGCUAAAUUUAUCUUUUGUUGUUAGCAGACAGUCAGUCUUUGCGUUAUAGAACCUCACCUGGAUGACCAUUUUACCUGAUCUUAAAAAAGCCAGCAGCCCUUAAACCAGUGGUGAGGAACUCUGGGAGGAGCUCUGGAUUUGCACACAGUUUGCUGUUAUUUAUAUUUAUUUGUUCUCCUCAAAAACACCUGAUUCAGCUCAUCCAGUGAUCCAGUCCUAUCCUCAACCUACCCAUCUGCGGACCAGAUAGCGUUCCCCAAAUUUAACUCUUCCUACAUUCUUUGACAUUUCAUUUAGUUUGAAAAACAGUAAAAAAAAAAAAAAAGAGCCAGAUGAAACUACGUAAACGGUGAAGAUACCACAAGAAGUCUGAAUGAAGGAGAAGAAUGUGAAGAAUGUUUUAGAUCAAUGCUAAUAGAUAAUGAGAUGCUCUACAACAUUGUCAUAUGGAAUAUAAGUAUUCUAUAUAAUCUAGAAAGCUCUAGAAAUUAUUGCACACAAGUAGAGCACUCCAACCCAGCAUGUGCCUUUACUGGUUUUUGAUUGAACAUCAGUUUGCUCUGGACCUAAAGGAACCACAGAAUUUAAAGUUGGACCCCCCCCCCCCCCCCCCCCCCCCAUUAAUACAGAACGGUGGGUAGGUAUAAUUAGCUGCUCUGGUUAUUGAUCUUUGAUCAGUGUCAUUUUUAUAAUAGAGACGAGUGGAGACUUUCCUCUUCCUGAACACUGGAAAUAGAACCUGACUUUAGGUUUGCUGCCAUUUUUUCACUCAUUAAAAUACUACUUUCAGGUCAAAAUAUCAGAAUUGGACUUAACUACAUGAAUAGUGUAAAAGGCUUAAUCUGGGUCCGAACAACCUGUUCUGCUUCUGCUUCCCCUUAUCCUUCAUACCUGCUGUCUUUACAUUUCCUUCUCCAGCCUGAACAAACCCACACACUCUUCUCUUCACUCGAAACAGGGACCAAAUGUUUACCAUGCAACUUUCUGUACCAGUUCUGAGGCUCUAUUAAAACAAUAUUUUGAGUAGAUUGUACAAAUGUAAAUAAUCAAAAUGAAAGUAUUAUUUAAAGGAUGUUUCCUGCAAAAGCCUUUUUGUAAGUGUUUGAAUGAAUAAAGUUUCUAUUUUACACUGUGAAUAGCCAUUUAAAUAAACAUUUUUGUUGUAA